AUGGGGAAUAUGUGUUAUAGAGAUUAUGAUGAAGAGAAAUUAUUAGGAGGAUAGGAAAUAAAGAAACCAGAAUCUGUUUAAGGAUCAAUAAUGAAACCAAAACGUAAAUUAAUUUUAUGAUUAUGGAGCUAGUGGAGAUGGUUAGACAAGCGAAGUAGUAAAUUAGAAUUAAACUGAAAUGACAGAUGAUCCUGAAUUGUAAGUGGAAAAGGAUGAAUUUUAUAAAUUAUCUAAUGUAUUAAAUUGCUUUAAGAAUUUAAGGAAAAUACAAGAUAAUUAGAUAUAGCAUCUAAAGCAUAGGAGAGUGAAGGGUAGGGUUAAUAAACUUAAAAAGUUAACAUUGAUAGUUUUAGAUUAUUGAAAGUCUUGGGUAAGGGAUCAUUUGGAAAAGUUAUGUUAGUGCAAUAUAAAUCUAAUUGUAUUAAAUAUAUUAAGGAUAGCAAAAUAUUAUGCAAUGAAAGUUUUAUAAAAAAAGAAUAUCAAGAAUGAAAGAUAAAAACGACAUACUGAGACAGAGAGAAUCAUAUUAGCUACAUGUUCUAGUAUCUUUUUAGUAAGAUUGAGAUAUGCAUUUUAAUCAUAAUAUAAAUUGUAUCUUGUUGUAGAUUAUAUGCCAGGUGGAGAACUAUUUUAUCAUUUAAGAAAAGUAGGAAGAUUCAAAGAAGAUGUAGCUAAGUUUUAUGCAGCCGAAAUAUUAUUGGGAUUAUAAUAUUUACAUGAAAAUCAUAUAAUAUAUAGAGAUCUUAAACCUGAAAACAUUUUACUUGAUGAAAAUGGUCAUAUAAAAUUGACUGAUUUUGGUCUUUCUAAAAUUAUGAUGGAAGAAGAUGAAACUGCUUUUAGUUUAUGUGGAACUCCUGAAUAUUUAGCACCUGAGAUUUUAACAACAAGUAUUAAUUAUUCUUAUUUAAAGAAACUGGUUAUGAUAAAACAUGUGAUUGGUGGAGUUUUGGAGCUUUAUUAUAUGAGAUGUUAGUAGGAGCACCACCUCAUUACAAAGAAAAUAAAAAGGAAAUGAUUCGGAGAAUAUUGACAUAACCAAUACCAUAUCCAUCAUAUUUAUCCGAAAAUGCUCGAUCUUUAUUGGAGUAAUUAUUGGUUGUAGAUGUAAAUUAUAUAUUAUUAUAUUUAUUUAGCCAAAAAAACGUUUGGGAUAUGAAAAUGAUGGAUAUGAUAUAAUGAAACAUGAUUUCUUUAUUGGUAUUGAUAUGGCUGAAAUCAUAUAGCAUAGAGUAUUCAUUUCUCAUUUAUAUUUAGAUCCAACCACCUUAUAAAUUCGAUAAAAAAGAGUUAAAGUAUUUUGAUGAAGGAAUGACUAAAUAAAUUGCAAAAGACACUCCUGUCAAUGGUACCUUGUUACCAAAUUAAAAUUUUUCUAAUUUUACAUAUCAACCUAGUAUGCAAUAAGGUGCUAAUAUGAAAAAGUGAA